AAACAAUCAUGGCGUCCGGAUUUGAAAGCGAGCGGGUCUUAGCGGCGCGUAAGGAAGAGAAGCGCCGCCAGCGCGAGGCGCUGCUGCAGCAGGCAAAAGCUAAUUAUGAAAAAGAUGAAAGACGCAAGGAACUGAAGCGAUUGCGAGGGGAAGAUACUUGGAUGCUGAAUGAUGUGAAUGAGCGUUUAGAAGAAAUGAAAAAGGAACAUGCUGUUACAAAGAAGAAGCAUUCAAAAAAACAUAAAAGGGAAAAGAAGAAAAAGACUAAAAGAGAAAAAACAGAUGAUUCACCUGAUACUAGCUCUGGUUCCUCAGAAGAAUGGGUGGAAGCGCCUGUUGCACAGUCUUCUAGCACUGUGCAGGCUUGGAAGGAGAAGAAAGAAGAAUCAGAAGAAACUGUGGAAAACCCUACAUCAAUUCAGAGGGAUGAAUGGAUGACCUUAGAUUUUAUGUCUGUGAAAACAGUGUCUUCGGCAUCACUGAGGGCUGAAAAGCAGAAAGAAAAAAUAUUGAAGCAGCAGAAAGCACAGGAAAAUGAACAGUUGCUGCUUGCAGAAAGAGAACUGAACCCAUAUUGGAAAGAUGGUGGUACAGGCUUACCAACAGAAAUAGCAACAUCAGUAAAAGCAACAACAGUAGAAGAUGGUGGGUUAAGCUGGCUAAGGAAAUCCUACCAGAGAAUGAAGGAGCAGUCUGAGAGAGAAAAACGAGACUUGGAAGAAAUUAUAGCUGAAAGAUAUGGGUCAUUAGAGCUAUUUCAGUCCAAGUUAAGAGAAGCUGAGACAGCUGCAGUCCACAAAGAAAAUGAUAGAAGGGACUGGCAAAAAUGCAAAUAUUCAGAAAGCAAACGUACUUCAAGGGAUGAUAAAGAGAAGCAGGAGGAAAACAACCUAGGAAGGUUUUCACUUAAAGAACAACUUAAAGAGAAGUAUGAUAAAGUAUAUUCUGAGGAACCAAAAAAUUACAGAGGAAACGAACAGACAGAAACCAAAAAAUCAAGGCCAAGUAAUAAAGAAUUUACAGCAGCAAACUGGACUGGUACAACCAGAAAAGAUCAUCAUCAAUUAAAUCAUUAUGAGAAGCCUUUCUCAAGCUCUGUGAAAGCUGCAUUUCUGAAACCUAGCAAUGAUGGUAAUGAAGGAGGCAGACAGCAGAGAAUGUCAUCCCAAUUAUCGACUCCUCAUUUUAUGAGCUCCGGUUUCCGGAAACCUGUUUAUGAUGCUGACGUGACCCCAAGAUGGCGCAAAGCACAACCUAAGGAUGAAAUUGGAAAAGUAACUUCAAAUGAAAAAUCUCCCGAAAUGAAUAAGGCUGUUACCAGCAAGGAGGAAGAGCCAAAAGAGAAAGGAGAACAGAUCUCAGAACCUGCAGUGGAAGAAAAGGAGCUAGUAGACAAUAAACCAUCAUGCUCCAGAUCUGUUUCAGAGGAUGAGACUCCUCUCAUUCUCAGUGAUGAAGAAAUGAACAAACUGGGAGCCAGGAUUGUAAAAGCAGAAUUGAUGGGAAACAAGGAUUUAGCUGCAAAACUUCAGUCUCAGCUUGACAAGGCACGCAUGCUAAAGGACAAUAGAGCACAAGCUAAAGCUAGAAAAACUGAUGAGAAAACUGGUUUUCAAGAAGACCAUGAAGCGAUCUUGGUCAGAACUGAUAAAUCUGGCAGAGCAUGGCCUGUUAAUAUUCCAGAAGAAACAUUGGAUCAUAAAGGCAGAAGGAGGAAGAAUCAAAUGAUACCUACUCAUGUGGAUAAGGAACGAAUCCGAUAUUUUCAAGAUGAUGAUAAUUUAGACCUGAAGGAUUUGAUCAGGAAUGAAAAGAUGAGUACAUCAGAGGAUCAAAAUAAGCUUUUCAUGAGAAUGGCAUCAAAGUUUUCAGACAAAACUGAUAGAGAUUAUUACACUCUGGAUGACAUGUUCGUUUCCAAAGCAGCAAAGAGGGAGGAAAGUGGAAAAGCGGAGGAAAGGGAAAGAAACCAAGCAAUCCGUGAGCAUCAACGACUUGCUGCCUGCAUGGAAAAAUGCCCUCAUUGCUUUGGUAGCUCUGAACUUCCUAAACACCUAAUCAUUGCAAUCGGUAACAAGGUGUACUUAUCCUUGCCGAGGUACCAGUCUCUUACUGAAGGUCAUUGCCUGAUCACUCCUAUGCAGCAUUACAUUGCUGCCACACUUCUAGAUGAAGACAUUUGGGAAGAAAUUCAGGUAUUCAGAAAAACUUUGGUAAAGAUGUUUGAAGCUGAAGAGUUGGAUUGUGUCUUUCUGGAGACAAAUUUAAGUAUAGGCAAACAAUACCACAUGGUGUACGAAUGUAUUCCUCUCCCAAAGGAAGUGGGGGAUAUGGCUCCCAUCUAUUUCAAGAAAGCUAUAAUGGAAUCAGAUGAAGAGUGGGCCAUGAAUAAAAAACUAAUUAAUCUAGGCUCAAAAGAUGUUCGCAAAUCGGUGCCAAAAGGUUUGCCUUACUUCUCUGUAGAUUUUGGCCUCCAAGGUGGUUUCGCUCACGUCAUUGAAAAUCAAUACAAGUUUCCUCGUUACUUUGGAAAGGAAAUAAUUGGUGGCAUGCUAGAUUUGGAACCACGACUUUGGAGGAAAGGACUACGAGAAAAUUUUGAAGACCAAAGGAAGAAAGUGUUGCAUUUUGCUCAGAAGUGGAAAUUGUAUGAUUUCACUAAAAGUAAAGAAUGAAAAUAUACUCAGAUGCUGAUAUAUAGGAUCCUGAAAAGUUAAUGAACCAUCACAAUCUACAAAGUUCCUUUUGUGGAAGAACUGCUGAAAAUAAUAAACAUUUGUGUGUAAAGCGAACACUGGAAGGAAUAAUAAUACCUUAAGGAAGACAAAAAAGUGGAUUGAAGCUAAGAUAUUUGAGUCAUGUAUAAAUCAUGUCUGAUGUACAAUAUGUAGAUAUACGUUUGAAAAAAAAAAGUCUUUAUUUUAAUAGAUAAUGAGUGUGUCUUGUUAGCAAUAUUCCUGCCAUGUAUUCUUUAAUGUUUCGGUGUUUUGCAUUGUAUGUAAGUCUUAACUUGUCUUGAUAAAGGAUAUCAUAGUAAAGAGAUUUUUAAAUACUGAAAAUGGUGACAUUUUUAAUGCAGAACAUUUAAAGUUUUAAAAAUAUUCUGCUUAAGUGUUGACAAUUUGAGAAAGUUUAGUCUGCAGUUUAAAAGAAAACUGAUGUAAUGUAAAUUCUUUUGAAAAUAAUGAUGUAACUUUUGAAUAAAUAUGUCCCAAUCUUUAAACACAAAGGAAGACAAUAUUUCUAAAGUAUUGUUUCUUUAAAAACGUCAGGAUUACCAAAAGUUAGGGAAUUUUAAUUCCUAUUUUCUUAAAAAGGGGAGUAAUUGUUCAAGAUAGCCCUUUCUCCCCUAAAAUGGACCCAUAACCACAGACUUUCAGAAAGAUAGAUAGGUAAGGCUAUUUUCUAAAUUCAGAAGUGACCAUUUCCAAAAUGUUGCAAAGAAAAAUGCAAGGAACGUAAGACUGACAGGAGAAAAAAAUUCCAUAUACAGAAUUCUCUUUGAACUAUGUGGUAUUUAUUGAUAAUAACAGGUUGUAUAUUUUUUGGGGCUAACCUUUGCUUUACCCUGAGAACUAUAUAGUAUAAAGAAGAAUAGCUUGAGAUUCCCUUUUGAAUGUGGAUGGUGAAAAUUUUUUUGAAAGUGGCUCUGGGUCAGAGUAUCCACUUUCUGGGAUUAUUGUGUGAUAGUACAAAAGCAUAAUGAACAGUUGAGGGAGCUAGGUAUGUCUAGCCUAUUGAAGAGAAGGAUUAGGGGAGACAUGAUAACUGUCCUCCAGUACUUGAGGGGCUGUCAUACAGUGGAGGGAAUUAUUCUCCAAAGCACCAGAGGACAAGACAAGAAAUAAUGGGUGAAAGCUAGUUAAAGAGAGAUCCAACCUAGAAGUAAGAAGAAAUGUUGUGAACAGCUAAUCAAUAGAAUUCAAGUAAUCCUCGAUUGAGGAUUGAGCCCAAAAUUUAUGUUGCUAAGCGAGACAUUUGUUACGUUUUGCUUCAUUUUUAUGACCUUUCUUGCCACAAAUGUUAAGUCAAUCACUGUAAUUGUUAAAUUAAUAACAUGGUUGAGGAGUGAAUCUGGCUUCCUCAUUGAUUUUGCUGGUCAGGAAAGUGAAUCACAUGAUCCCAGGACACUGCAACUGCCAUAAAUAUGAGUCAGUUGCUAAGUGUCUGAAUUUUGAUUGCAUUGAUCAUGGGGAUGUAUUCAGAAUU